UGCCACCGGGCGCACCAGCGGGGCAGCGCAGCUCUAGCGACGACCGGGAGCCGAGGUGGCCCCGGGCCCGAGUGACAUCGCCAUGGGCCGAGAGGUGUGCGUGCUGCUGCUGCUGGGCCUGCUGCACUGGGUCGGGGGCAGCGAAGGCAGGAAGACCUGGCGGCGCCGCGGCCAGCAGCCUCCCCCACCGCCGCCCCCAGCGCCUCACCCGCAGCGGGCCGAGGUGGCGCCGGGCGCCGGGCAGCCGGUGGAGAGCUUCCCGCUGGACUUCACGGCCGUGGAGGGCAACAUGGACAGCUUUAUGGCGCAGGUCAAGAGCCUUGCGCAGUCCCUGUACCCUUGCUCCGCGCAGCAGCUAAACGAGGACCUGCGCCUGCACCUUCUGCAGAACACGUCGGUGACCUGCAACGACGGCAGCCCCGCCGGCUACUACCUGAAGGAGUCUAAGGGCAGUCGGCGAUGGUUACUCUUUUUGGAAGGAGGCUGGUACUGCUUCAACCGGGAGAACUGCGACUCCAGAUACACCACCAUGAGGCGCCUCAUGAGCUCCAAAGACUGGCCACACACUCGCACAGGUACUGGGAUCCUGUCCUCUCAGCCAGAGGAGAACCCCCACUGGUGGAAUGCCAAUAUGGUCUUCAUCCCCUACUGCUCCAGUGACGUUUGGAGCGGGGCUUCAUCCAAGUCUGAGAAGAAUGAGUAUGCCUUCAUGGGUGCCCUCAUCAUCCAGGAGGUGGUGCGGGAGCUCCUGGGCAAAGGGCUGAGCGGGGCCAAGGUGCUACUGCUGGCUGGGAGCAGCGCCGGGGGCACUGGGGUGCUGCUGAAUGUGGACCGUGUGGCUGAGCUGCUGGAGGAGCUGGGCUACCCAGCCAUCCAGGUGCGGGGCCUGGCUGACUCCGGCUGGUUCCUGGACAACAAACAGUACCACCGGACAGACUGCAUUGAUACCAUCAACUGUGCCCCCACAGAGGCCAUCCGCCGUGGCAUCAGGUACUGGAAUGGGAUGGUCCCAGAGCGAUGUCGACGUCAAUUCAAGGAAGGCGAGGAGUGGAAUUGUUUCUUUGGCUACAAAGUGUACCCAACUUUGCGCUACCCAGUGUUCGUGGUGCAGUGGCUGUUUGACGAGGCUCAGUUGACCGUGGACAAUGUGCACCUCACAGGACAGCCAGUCCAGGAAGGGCAGUGGCUGUACAUCCAGAACCUGGGCCGCGAGCUGCGUAGCACACUCAAGGAUGUUCAGGCCAGCUUUGCCCCUGCCUGCCUCUCCCAUGAGAUCAUCAUCCGGAGCCACUGGACAGAAGUUCAGGUGAAGGGGACCUCCCUGCCCCGGGCACUGCACUGCUGGGACCGAAGCUUCCAUGACAGCCACAAGGCCAGCAAAACUCCUGUGAAGGGUUGCCCCUUUCACCUGGUGGACAGCUGCCCUUGGCCCCACUGCAACCCUUCAUGUCCCACUAUCCGGGACCAGUUCACAGGGCAAGAAAUGAACGUGGCCCAGUUCCUCAUGCACAUGGGCUUCGAUGUACAGACGGUGGCCCAGCAGCAGGGACUGGAGCCCAGCAAGCUGCUAGGGAUGCUGAGUAGUGGAAGCUAGGGAGCUGCCUGGCGGAGGAGUCAGUACAUAAGGGCUGGCCCAACCCCUGGCCAGGGGCACGUUUUUUCACUCCCAGGCCCACCUGCCACUUCCAGGACCCACCUGAAAUGGAUACCUGUCCCCACUACCUUCCCCAUCCUCUUCUACUGCCUUCAGGUGGCCUAACUAGAGGGGUGGCCUGACCUGAGCCCCUCUGCAGCUUGAGGACCCCUCCAACCCCUCUACCUGCCUCUUCCAGCCCUCGGCCCGCUGUGGGGGGGGGGCCAGAAGUGAAGCAAGCACUGGAUUCCUCAGCCAGAAGCUCAAGACAGUCUCUCCCAGCCCCAAGCCCAAUCAUGCUCUUUUGUAUUAUUUUAUAAAAUGACUUUUUUAUUACUUUAAUUUUUUAAAAAUGGAAAAUAAGAAAUAUAUGAUGGAUGAUAUUGUUUUGUAACAUAUUUUUCUUAAUAAUGAAAAAAAAAAGACAAGAGACA